CAGACCAAAGGAACCACUGCUCUGCCAGCUCAGCUGACAACAGCAGCAGCUCGGCAGCCGGGGGAUGAUGGCAGACUCUGGAAGUAACGAAGAAGUGGCUGUGAUCGGUAACACCGACAUCACUUCAACAGAAACCGAGAGCAACAUUAUCAACACGAUGGUGGAACGAGGGACAGCUCUGUUGAGGAAAAUGGAGAUAAAUGUGGCAGAAGCAGAGAAGAGAACAGGGAAAAACACCGUUAACAUGCAGGAAACCUAUACUGUCUACCUCAUAGAAACACGGCCAGCUGAAACUGUUCCAGGUGGGGCGGCGCCUGCAGCACCUGACACUCUGUGGAGACGCUACAGUGAGUUUGAGUUACUCAGAACAUUCCUCCUGGUCACCUACCCCUACAUCAUCAUCCCUCCACUCCCGGAGAAAAGGGCAGAGUUUCAGUGGCACAAGCUGGCAGCAGACAACCUGGACCCAGACUUUGUUGAGCGACGGAGGGUCGGCCUGGAAAACUUCCUGCUGCGUGUUGCAUCACAUUCUGUCCUUUCCAAUGACAAGAUCUACUUCCUCUUUCUGACAGAGGAGAAAGGAUGGAGGGAGGCGGUUUUGGAGACGGGAUUCCAGGAUAAGGUUGACUCCAGACUAAAGUCUCUGAGUGCCAUGUUCAGAGUCAAAAACCCUGACAAAAGAUUCACAGCAAUGAAACAAUACAGUGAUGAACUGAACACUGUCAUCUCUCAGUUACUGAGGGUGCGGGCGAGAGUAGCAGACAGGCUGUAUGGAGUCUACAAGGUCCACGGUAACUACGGCAGAGUAUUUAGGUCAGUAUGUAAGAAACAUGAGCUGAUCCAGUAUGAGUUGGAGAUGGCAGCUCAGGAACUCGUCUCUAAGAAACAGCAGAGAGAAGAGCUGGCUACCGGGACAGUACGUGUGUUUUCCCUGAAGGGCAUGACCAGUAAACUGUUUGGCACAGAGAGCCAGGAGCAGAGGGAGAGCAGGCUGGCUGCUCUGGAGCAGAGCAUCCAGGAGGGGGAGGAAGCGCUCAAGGAGAAGAACACAGAGUGCAAAGAGUUUGUUCAAAUGGCCUGGGAAGACAUUGAACGUUUUAAGGAGCAGAAGGACAAAGAUCUGCGUGAAGCACUAAUCAGCUAUGCCAUUAUGCAGAUCAGCACGUGUAAAAAGGGAAUCCAGGUGUGGUCCAACGCCAAGGACUGUUUCAACAAAAUGUGAGCCGCUUUCCAGCCAUUCACUCUCUUGAAACAAAACAAUAGUCAAUCACAAUUUCCAGAGUGGGACCAGCAACCAAUCCUUAAACUGCCUUCAAAUGGAGAUGGAACACAGGAGCCUUAAUACUGCCCUCACUUUGUUAGCUAUGCUGAAUGAUUCUGUUUCUGUUUUUCACUCUCUUUCCGUCUCACACACAUGCACACACACAUUUAUUUAGAGACAGUUUCCAUGUCAGUCCCAGCUGUCCUAACAGCCUCAUUCUCCUGGCAUUCUGCUGAUGUGGUUUUCAGACUCCACAUGAUCCAAGUUUUCAAUACUUUUUUCCUCUUUUUUGAAAAACUCACAUCACGAACAAGAGGAAACUCCUGCACUAAUAAUAAUGCAUGAUGAUUGCACAUUGGGAAUGGCUGUGCAAUGAAUUUGGGUUGUUACAAUUAUCUCUUAUCCUUGAAACAUGGAAAAUGUAUUCACAAGAAGGAGUAUAUUUCAGUCAGUUUGAGAUCAUGCUCUCUUAUGACGAUGUUUUAAAAGGAGGUAAAGAGUGAAAAAUACAGCACCAAGCUUGUUUGAAUAAAAAAUCUAAAGGAUAUCCUAUUUAUGUUAAUUAGAAUGGCAUUUAAAUGUUCUUUCAGCAAGAGCAUCUAUAACCUAUGUCCCUGGGCCUUCCUUAAUGCAGCAGAGUUUUGCAUUGAGAUACAAGGACAGACAUUCAGGUAUCAAUGUUAGAGUUGUUGCCAGGAAUAAUGUUUUUCAAAAUACUUCUACCACGACUUCUUCUCAGCCUCGAAAGAAGGUGUAAUCCUUUGAAGUUCAUAAUAAUCUCAGUGGCAGAUAAAUCAGAAACAGGAAGUCAAAAUUGUGACAAAAGGGGACAAUAACCACACUAAAGGAAGUUACUACUCAUUAACUUCCUUUUUCUUUUUCAUUUCCAUUUCAGCCUUUAUGCUGUUUUUGAACGAUAGCCCACCAAAGUGCUUAUGACCAAGAGCUAGUCUGUAUAUUACAGAUCACGGGUGGGGAGCACAGGAGAAGUGUAUACAAGCUUUGGGCAGUUUUUGUUAUAUUGUUUUUGUUUCAUGUGCCAAACGCAAAUAACCAAUAAUAACAUACAGUCAUGAAGGCCUCACUUAGGCUUUAGUUACUCUGGAUGCUUUCUUUGAGGACUGAGACAUGGCACUGCCAAGAACUAACCAAUCUGCAAACAAUAGUGUUGUGAAACGCAACCGGUGCUGAAAAUUGAAUAAUUGUGCCUUUUUCUUUGCUGUCAAGCUUUAUUGCCUUAAAAUGAACAUGGGUUUUGUACAACAGGGGAGAAACAAAAUGGGCCUCGCCCCUUUUUCUGAUGUUAAGGUACUGCACUGAAUACUAGACAUGGGUUUUGAUGCGCAUGCCUCAGGUCAAUGGUUCGGAAAAAUACUGACCAAAUAUUGGAAACCUUUAACUACAAAUACGUCAGUAACUCAAAUUCUCGCUAAAUACAUAUGCUAUAAACAAUACAUGUGCUACUUUCAAUAUCUAUCUAAGGACAGAUAAGUGCAAAAGGGUCAUGCAAAAGUUGUGCAGAGAUUUGUUCUCUUUGCUAUCCCUGCUCUUUCUUAACAAAUCAUCAGAAAUACUCUAAUUUCCCAAAUCAAGGCUUUUUGUAUCAACUUGUUCAAUAAGAGAUUGUUUUAAUGUUUAUGUAAUCAUUGUGCUAAGACACUAAUAAACACAUUUCUUUUUAAAAAA